CGCUAUAUUUAUAUACAGAAUAUAUUUUAAAGUUGGUUUUUGUCCUAAAAAUAGUUUGUCUAUUCUUUUGUAACCAAACUUUUUAAUAUAUAUAAAAAAGCAAAAAUGAAAUUAAGGCAUAAUUACGUUAUGAUUACGUGAAGUGUUUAAAUGUACAGGCAUUUUAAUUUCCCAUAAUAUAGGUUUUUUUUCUAUUUUAGAUUUUUCAAAUCUCCUCCGUUUCUUUACUUUAACGUUUAGAAAGAUUUGUUUUUAUUCAUUCUUUUUUUAAAGGAACAAAAAUGACUCCAUGACUCACUAUAAAAAUAUCAAAUUUGGGGUGGACCUUGUGAAAGCCUCCCAGGCAGAAUAUGACUUCCUGGUCAAAGUUAGACAUUUGGAAUACUUGCGAAACGAUGCUGUCCUUCAAUAUUCUGUUCGCCGCUACGAAAAAGUUUGGCUUCCUCUUGUUGCAUUUGAGGAUAAAAUAUCUCCUCAAAAUUUAGAGCCACCAAUCGAUAUCGCUUGGGUAUGGCACUGUCAUAUGUUAUCACCUCACGAGUAUACCAAGUAUUGUCGAACGUAUUUUAGAAAAGUACUCGAUCAUUCGAUAAUCAAAGCAGACGGUGCCUAUACGUUUACGAAGGGUAUAUGGUCACGUAAUUUUCCUGAUGAACCAUUUGAGUUGGACCAGAAUGUAUUGAAUGAACUUAUUUCUUGUACUCUCUCACAAGGAGGUAAAACUAAAUCGUUUGAUCUCGUGGCAGCGACUCAUAGACAACAGGACUUUGUAUAUAACAUUCUUCUUCCACAUUAUAGAGAUCCUGAGUUCCUCAAGUCUGCAAUAACGAGAUACAAAAAAUACCUUUAUCUUUAUACACAGAAGAAUAAUCUCUCAAAUUUUCUCGUCCCAUGCUAUGACAUUGAUUUUGUCUGGCACACACAUCAACUACAUCCCAUUGAUUAUCAACAUGUCACAGAGUCGUUGCUUGGUUGUUUACUAACCCAUGAUGAUACAGAUUGUGAUCGAAAUCCAGGGUCCAAACUUUUUGAUGCGUAUAAAAGAACAGAAAGAAAUUGGAGAGAAUUAUAUAAUGAGUCUUUUGCUAUAUCCGGUGCUGUGUUCCGAGGACUUAAUCUUGAAGAUAAGCUUUAUAGACUAACCGUGUCGGAUAUGGACGGUUGUAUUAGCAGAAUAGGCGCAGUUGUAAUAGACUUUAUUGCUGUAACAACACCGGUUUCCCUCAACAAGGAAACUGUGAAAAUUAAAAUAUUCAAAAUCAAUGAAGCCAAAGAACUUCAACUCGUUCAAAAGUUAAAAAGCAAAAUGGAAAAUAUGACCUGGAACAAUCAAAAUCUUACGAUUCGACAGGACUCUACAGAAUCAACUCUUCUCAUUGAGUUAUCAGCAAAAAGAACUUUUAUUAACGGAGGGUCUUUAUUAAUUGGCAGAUGUCAACAAAAAUUUGGGUUUUAUCUGCAAAAUCCUAUGUAUCAGAAUGGCGGUGUAUUUAGUAUUGAAAAAGACAUGCAAAUGUUCAGCACCCUAACGGCGGCCAAGUGUAAGGUUAGCGGAAGUAUUUUAAGUCCAUCGUUGGGAAAUAUUGAACUGGUUUUGGAACAGGGUGAAUAUGAAGAGAUCAAUAUGUCAACAAAUGUAAAUCAGUUGUCGGACCAAGCUUCUGGACCAAUCUCGGAUGCUAUGGACAUUUGUCAAGUCGCCUUGCACAGAUUACGAAGCAAAAACGGAAAAAGUUUCAUAUGCCGGGCCAUACACAAUGUCCAAAAGAUGACGUCAGUUUUGCAGUUUUUCUUUGAAGACAAAUUGGCAGCAGUUGCACAUUUUAUUGGAAAUGACCAGCUUCCCAAAAAAUCACAGAUUUCGAAAGGCUCCUUAUCAUUAAGUCCAAGUGCUGGGGAAAAAGCGAUAUUGAUUAAAACUGGAGAAGGGGAUUCAACGAUACUAGUGGUCAAAAGAGGUUCCCGAGUUUUUUGCAGUAAAGAAGACCCUCUAAAAAUUAAGGUGUACCAACUUGGUUCAACACAUUUACAGCAAAAAGAAACAAUAUAUGUUUCUCAAUAUAGUUCUCUAGAAUAUGAAGGACUUACUCUUGAACUCAAAAAAGGUAUCUUAACUUGCAAUAAAAUGAAAAUGGGUCGAAUUCUGCAUUAUGUGGCAUUUUCAUUCUCCAUUUCACUCCUUCAUGUUUUAUGUAUGCCUUGUGCGAACCCAAAAAUGAAAUCGACAGGACGAAAUCUGAAAAUAUUGUGUGAUGAAAAGACGUCCUUUUUAGUUGCAGCGGGUUUACACCUACCAUUCCUGACAAACAACAAAUACUAUGGUUAUGGUGUUGAAAAACCAAAGCGACAGAAAACAUAUCAAAGAGAUUCAGCAUUCACUGGAGGAGGACCAAAGAGGACAUAUCAAAGUGAUUCAGCAUUCACUGGAGGAGGACCAAAGAGGACAUAUCAAAGUGAUUCAGCAUUCACUGGAGGAGGACUAAAGAUGACAUAUCAAAGUGAUUAAGCAUUCUUUUCUGCUGGAGGAGGCUUUGGUGGUAGUGGUUGUUGUGGCGGUUGUGGCGGUUGUGGGGGAUGUUGAGUCUGUACACAAUAAUAAUGUAACGAUUCAUCUUGUGACAAUGAUUUACGUCAGAUAUUGCAUAGAGAUGCAUGGUGUUGGUGUUUCAUAAAUAUUCAAUAUAGUUGUCAGAUCGUUUUUUAUUAUGGAGACUUGAGUAAAUAUUUUGUACAGCUACUGAUAAGUUCUCUACUUUUUAUGGUAAAAUAUAUCCUAUAUUACUGAUAAUAUGUAUCAUGUUAUAGAGAAUUCGUUUGGUAUUAUGCGAUUUAGCCCCUAAAAUCAAAGUUUAACAGAAAACAAAAUUAUGUAAGAAAUAUGUAUGUGAAAACAAAGCAUCGUACUGAUAUCAUAAUGUCAUUCAGAUCAUCUAAUUUUCCAAACAAUUGUACAGCAUUUAAGUCCUAGUGUAUUUUUUUUAUCAGUAAUAAGCACAAUACAUGUAAAUACUUUCAGCUAUUUAAUAUUUUCCUGACAUGAUGACGAUAAUAACCAUUGCACUGAAGUACUGACAGGAGUUAGUUUUAUUUCGAUUCUAUUAAUAAUUAUAUAUUUCAUAAUAAUAUUAAAAUGUUAGAAACGCUGGCAAUCUGUAAUUUGUUAUUAGUGCAAAUAAUUUAUUUCUUUGAUGUUCUAAGAAUUCUGUUAAUAUGUGUAUAAUUUUACACCUUCAGUUUGCACUUAUGUAGUUCGAAUAUUAAACAAAUGGGGACUUGGGGCGAUGGAGAACAUCACAACUAGCAUCUACCAACUACCAUAACGUUUAUAGAGUGAAAACAAUAUCAUAUGGAAAACUUUACCUGGUGAUUCUUAAACUUUUAAGUUUAUUUGUAUUAGAAAAAAAACGAACAUCAGUAAUAGAUAUCUCAUUUAUUUUCUUUAUUUGUCCUAAAGUGUGAUGACUACAAUGAAUCGUCAUUGGACACGAAGACUGGAAAAGAGAUAUAUUUCUAUUAUGCAAAUAAAAAUUUUAUUACUCUUAACAGUUGGUAAGAAACAUUUUUAUGCUUUAACUCAGCAAAAGAAGUACAUAUAUGAUCAAUGUUUUAUUAUCACAUAAUAAAGA